AUGAUGACGUGCCGUCUGCUGUGCGCCCUGUUGGUGCUUGCCCUGUGCUGCUGCCCGUCCGUGUGCGUGACAGCGGAUGGUGAAAAAGUUGUUAAUAACCCAGGAGAACACUCCGAUCAAGCGAACUCUAAGCCAGAGGAAGUAAGUGAGAUGACGCAAUUGCCUAGUACUCUUCCUCUCCCGCCAGAGGCAAAAGAGGAAGGGGAUGGGAGAGUAACAGCAGAGUCACAAAUUAAUCUCAACCAGGAACAGUAUCAGGAAAAAGAUGGGCAAUCCACCAAUGAAGAGGCGGAUGGUGAAGAGACCGAUAAGGCAAAUGAACAAAAUCUAAUAACAAGUGCAAUAAAUACGACAACCACAACGACCACGACGACCACGACACAGCCACCAACUACAACGACCACGACAACACAGGCACCAAGCACUACGACUACAGAGGCGCCAACCACGACGACCACCCGCGCACCGUCACGUCUUCGUGAAAUCGACGGCAGCCUCAGCAGCUCUGCGUGGGUGUGUGCCCCGCUGCUGCUCGCCGUAUCCGCGCUGGCGUACACCACUGUGGGCUGA